AUGCGGACUGUCCCUUCUUCGGGCCCCGGCUGGGGCGCCGGCGCGGGCGACCUCACUGGGGGUCGCGGGACUGCGGGGACGUUCGCCGGGGGCGCGGAGAGGCGAAGAGACGACGGAGAGCCUUCCUACCCCCACUGGUCGCAGGCCGGGGGGCCGCUGGGACCCGACGCUCAGGGGUACGGGUCCCACAACGGGCCUUCCGCAUACGGCGCCGCGCCGCCCCUCAUGAAUUUGUGGGGGGUCCCUGGGGCGGACGGCCGCGAUGACCGCAGGCGAGAAGGCGACUUUGGGGGGAAUUAUACAAAUGAACCGAAAUAUCACUAUCUGCACCAACAGGCUUCGCGGCCCUUCGGAGGCCCCGCGGGCCAGGGCGCGGGCCCGCUGGGCUCGCCGGGCGCCGGAGGCGACAGGUUCGGGGGCCGAGAGAGAGACAGGGACUUCGAGAUGUACGAGGGAAGGGGGCGCGACGGGGUCGCGUUUGGUUUGGACCAGGGACGACGAGACGACGACGCGCUGCGGAACGACGGAGAGCGGGGACCAGCCGGGGGCGAGAGCCCCGGGGUCGGGGACCGGGAGACCCGGCGCGAGGCGCAGAAGCGAAGGAAGAGUGGCAGAGACAAGGGGCGCAGGAAGAAGGGCAGCGUCGCCUGGGUUGUGAGCAUCUACACGGUCGCCCUGCUGGUCCUUUUCCUCGGAUGUGCGAUUUCUGGCGUCUUCGUUGGAAUUAUCGUCACCUCGCCGACAGUCCGCGUCGCGAAUACUGCACUGCGUGUCGACGGCCAGGAGACCGUGCCAGAGUCAGAUGCGUAUGGACCGUCGAUUUGGCAUUUCCGCGUGGGCGCGAAGGGCGAGUUGGAGAUGGGCGGCGACAUCGCGUUCGUCUUGCCGCUGGUCAACCCUUCUAUUUUCACCCUCCAGUUCGUCGUUCAGAAACUCUCUGUCUUCUACUAUCCCAUAGGAAAGACGUUCCAGUGUCUCCUCUACCACGGAGGAGUCAUUGGCAGCGACGACCAACCGCUGUUUCGGCACCGCGAACUCUUCGCAGAGCCCUCCAACGGAAACGCCACGCGGUACAUUGGCGCUCUCGAUAUGGUUGUGAAGCCGACUGAAGGGGCGGUGAACGCGGAUAGGACGUUCCUGAUUCAGACGCAGUUUGGGCUGACAGUCCCGCAGGCCUACUUGCCGCAGGUGAAGCCGCUGUUUGACGACUGCGUGGAGCACAAGAUGAUGAUCUACUCUGUGGAAGUCUCUGAGGCACACACCGAGUCUCCGCUAACGCUAGUCAAGAUGCCAGGGCCUAUCGAGGUGCUGACGACUGUCAACUGCAUGGUCGGGCCUGGAGUCGACGCGCUCUUCAAAGGACUUGAUCGCGCCUACCAACCAGUCAUCCUCGAAAACCUGCCAAACACCCCCAUGACCUUCCCUUAA